GUAUCUGUUAUUCUGUAUAUAAACCACCCCGAACCCCUCGAUUAGAUUCCAGUCUGUAACUCCCUCCUGGGUAGCUGUGUUCUGGAUGUGUAAUUCCUGAGGAUUGCAAUUGCAAGUGUGGGCCUGAAUCUGAUGUCUCAUUUCAGCUACAAAGACCUGUUGUAAUUCACUGACUGCGUUGGUGUGGAGUUUACUGAGAGGUUUGGAUUUAUUUGAGGUGAAUGUAUUCUCAGGCUGUAUCUUGAGGCUGGACAAAGUGACUGUGGAUCUCUCUGGCUGUGCAGAGUAGAGCCUGCCAGUGAAUGUCCGAUGUUGUAACAAACAGCUGAUGGUCAGGAGAUUGUUCACCUCACUGCUGUCCCCAUGGCGAUGUACAGAAUGGGGCAGGUUGGGGGGUGGGGAGGGCAGGAAGGUGUGUGGGGUGGUCUGGUCUGUUUUCUGAGCUGGACGACCCAGGGCAAAGCCUGUGACCAAGACGUGGGUGCUCCAUCAUGUUGGUACACUGGCCUGUCCUGGUUACCCUGCUGUGGUUUAGUUGUUGGCAGGUUGUGUCGUUGGGGACAGCAAUAUCCUGUUCUCGUCACCGGCUCUGCCAAAUUGCUUUGGUCAGCAGUAACCCAGUGCUGUUGGUCUGUGUGGAUUGGCCGAGACAGGAGGGAGAACUCUCCUGGUUUUACAUGAACAGCUCAGAGCCAGAGUCCGGGCAGGUCCGUCUGUUGGCAUCCAACCAGAUCCAAGGAGCUGGCUGGGACCUGCAGAGCGAUGGUCUCCUCCUCCUCCACUCACCCACCAUCUGGGACUCUGGCAUUUACCUGUGCCGUGCAGGGGCCAAGACUCUGACGUAUUAUGAGGUGGACGUGCAGGAUGUGAAGCAGCUCCACCUGUCUGGGGGGUUGCAGGGUGGGACAGUACUUCCCAACCUCAGGGCGGAGGUCGGGGGGCAGGGUGUUUACAUGUUCACUGUCUGGAGCCCCUGGGGGCGCUGUGACCACUGUGGUGUCCCAGGAUACAGGAGACGCCUGGGUUUCUGCUAUGCCCAAUCAUCAAGUAAGGCUGAGGACCCCAUGCCAUGUGGCCUGCUGUCUCUGGGGCCACAGAAGCUGCCCCCCCGUGGCCCCGAGCUUUCCCUUGAAGCCUGCCAUGUCCCCUGUCAGUCCCCUUCCGUGGCCCAGGUCCACCACCGCCACUUAGUCCCAGGUGGCCCUUUGGUAUUAGACAAUGACAACCGGGUCCUCCUCUUCGAGACUUACCUGGUCAAUGUUCACAGCAAAGUGACAUUCCACUGCCCGGACUCCUCCAUCUACAGCCCAGCGACCUGGCAAAGAGAGCUUACCCAGCAGAGGACCAGAACGAGGCAUCCGAGGACCAGCAGGGGCCUGUCCCAGCAAAUGGAGGGCAGCCACUCUCUGGACCAAGCCAUAGGCAGCAGCACCUAUACCAUCCAGGAUGUAGAGAUUGCAGAUGAAGGAAUCUACAGGUGCUUUAUCUCUGACAGACUGGCUGCCUCCUUCCACCUCAAAGUCUUCCGACCAUUCAGGAGGAGGAUGAUCGUUGCCCACCGUACCAUGGCACUGAUCUGGUACAUCCUGCUAUCCCUCGGCGUGGUUUCGCUGCUCUUGGUGAUGUUAACCUUCUUGUACGCUUUCUGCAGUUACACCCGCCGUCACCAGCUUAUCCAGUGGUAAGCAAUGUGGUGACCAGAGAGAAGAUAACCCUUGGUAGGGAGUUCCUCUGGGCAGAGGGUGAGAGCGUUUACACCCACUGGAAUUAUUACUGCAGACAGUGAGAGAAUGGCAAAGAUUGUCCGGCCCCUGCUGUUUUCUGCCGGUGCCAGGGAAAUGCAGAAGGUAAUGGGAGACAAAGUGUUGGCUCUAACCUGCAUCAAUCGUUUCACAAAGGCCAUUUGAAAUGUUUCAUUCCCUUUAUUCAAAUUAAACUUCAAAGCUCAGGAAAGCAAUUAUUAGAAAUUGUGAUAAAGUGAUCUUUUCUCUUUUAAUAAUAAAGGUUUACACACAAACAGUGAUGUUCUGUUGUGUUUAUGCCCUCAAAUUCCACAAUCCAUUUCCUCCUUCUUUGUAUUUAUUAAGAAGUUUGACAGCUGAUUGUUUAAAGAUUUGAUCAAACCGUCGAAUAUACAGUGAGUAGUCAGGGGGAGGGAGGGAGGUAUUAGUUCAACAGUGGACAUGACAACAUUCCACACUAGCCCUUUUAGAGAAUUAGAGUUUUUACAGCACAGAGACAGGCCCUUCAGCUCAUAGAAUUCCCACUAGUCAUCAAGUUUCUAUCUAAUCACAUUUUCCAUCACUUAACCUGUACACCAUACCAGUUCAAGUUCCUAUCCAAAUACUUCUUCAAUAUCCUACUACCUCUCUGG